CUCUCUUAUAUCCGAAAAAAGUAAUAAAAAAAAAAAAAAAAAAAACAUGGGGUGGUUUCCUUGCUCUGGAAAAUCGAGCAAAAAUUCGAAGAAGAGCAAAUCCGAUCCGCAGAUCAAGGCAGCUCCAUCAGAGAAGUUGAAGUUGAAUCCUUCACUGGAUGGGAAGAAGGAGGUCCCCAAGGAAGGGUCAGAUCACAUUGCUGCCCAGACAUUUACAUUCCGUGAAUUGGCUGCUGCAACAAAGAAUUUCAGGGCUGAUUGUCUUUUGGGAGAGGGGGGAUUUGGUCGAGUCUAUAAAGGCCGAUUAGAGAGUACUAACCAGAUUGUGGCUAUCAAGCAGCUCGAUCGUGAUGGUUUGCAAGGGAACAGGGAGUUUCUUGUCGAAGUACUGAUGUUAAGUCUACUCCAUCACCCUAACCUUGUCAAUCUGAUUGGUUAUUGUGCUGAUGGUGAUCAGAGACUUUUGGUUUACGAAUACAUGCCUUUGGGAUCUUUGGAAGAUCAUCUUCAUGACCUUCCUUCUGAUGAGAAACGGCUUGAUUGGAAUACGAGAAUGAAAAUAGCAGCUGGCGCAGCAAAAGGAUUAGAGUAUUUGCAUGAUAAAGCGAACCCUCCUGUAAUAUACCGUGAUUUGAAGUGCUCUAACAUUUUGCUUGGGGAGGGAUUUCAUCCAAAGCUAUCCGAUUUUGGUCUGGCCAAACUUGGUCCUGUUGGAGACAAGACCCAUGUUUCAACUAGGGUGAUGGGUACAUACGGAUAUUGUGCACCAGAAUAUGCAAUGACAGGCCAGCUGACACUGAAAUCAGAUGUCUAUAGCUUUGGGGUUGUUCUUUUGGAAAUUAUUACUGGCAGGAAAGCAAUUGACAGUACUAGAGCCGCUGGGGAGCAGAAUCUAGUUGCAUGGGCGCGACCAUUAUUCAAAGAUCGGAGGAAGUUCUCGCAGAUGGCCGACCCAUUGCUUCAUUGCCAGUAUCCAAUGAGAGGCUUGUACCAAGCACUUGCUGUUGCUGCGAUGUGUGUCCAGGAGCAGCCCACCUUGCGGCCUCUCAUCGCCGAUGUGGUCACAGCUCUCAGUUACCUUGCCUCUCAGACCUAUGACCCUAACAGCCAGCCAGUUCAAAGCUCCCGUAUGGCUCCUGCCACUCCACCCCGCACAAGGAGGGAAACCGCCCACUAGAAACGCCACGAGCAGAUUCAUGAAAUACCAAGCAAGAGCAUUGAAUUGAAAUCCCACCCACUUACGGAAGCUUCAACCACCUCCAUUUCGAAUACUGCUUGCUAGCAUUGGUCACUGCUUUGGAAGAUCUAGCUGUGUAAUUCCUCACAUGAAGGGAUGAUUUUGCAUGUGCUUGCCAUUGGGGCUCUUUCUCCGGCCGUGUGCUAGUUAUCAAAUUUUGUAUCGCUCCAGAUAACAGGUGCAGCCCGCCCCAUUAGAAAAUCUGGUCUCUUUUUCCUUCUUUCUCUUGGUGUACAUGUGAGUUUUGGGUCCUCUGUAUUUACUUGCCUGUCUUUCUUCAGACAUCAUAUUGGUAUGAAUUCUACUCCUUAUUUGUCUAGAUACGGGAAAAUGCUAUUCUUUC